AUGGAGUCUGAAAACAGCCCUGUGGUUUCCGUGGAGGAAUCUGAAGUGCCUCAUGAUGAUGAACGCCCACCGUCCAUCUUCCAGGAGGCGCACGAGGAGGCGGCUGAGGAGUUUGGCCAGCUGCAGCCACAGCCUGUGGUUCUGCUACCAGCCAAACCAAAGGCCAAAAGUGUUCCCAAGAAACGUGGGAGGCCUACGGCGAAGGCUGCACCAAAACCAAAGCCUAAACCCAAGGCUACACCCAAAGCAAAGAGCAGCGCAAAAGCGAAGUCCAAAACCAGGACAAGCCAACCAAAGAGCUCUGCUCAGAAACCGUUGAAGAUGGAUUGGAACAACAUUUACAGCAGAUGUUACCAUGCCAAGAGAAGAGCAGGUCUUCCAAAGGAGGAGGCAGCAAAAGCGGCCAGGAAGAUCGCGACCGAGACUGCGAUUUCGAAUGAGACUCCAGAUUCAUCGUAG